UAGUGAGUCUUCAAACGUGCCGCAAAUAGAGCACGCGCGUUCAGCGGCGGUGGUGCAGAGUUACUAGAAAGGAGGGAGAAGAACAGCAGCGGUGACUACAUGUGACGCAUUCUGUGGCAACAGUAUCAGUCUUUUCCUUUCGAUUCGAGAGAACGUAUUGUCUCACCGAACGUGUCGACAUGUUGCGCAUGCUGAAGAGGUUCCAACAUCUGCGACGCUACUCGACCGCGGCACUGCCAGCGCCGGAGACGAACCCGCCGAUCCUAUACACAGGCAUAUUCAUCAAUAAUGAAUGGCACAAAUCCAAGAGCCAGAAGACCUUUCCCACCAUCAAUCCUUCUACGGGUGAGGUAAUUGCUGAGGUGCAAGAAAGUGACAAUGCAGACAUCGAUUUCGCGGUGCAAGCUGCUAAUAAAGCUUUCAAGAGGAAUUCACCAUGGAGAACCAUGGACGCCUCUCAAAGGGGGCUUCUCUUGAACAGAUUGGCAGAUUUGCUCGAACGCGAUCGGAAAUAUCUCGCGUCCUUAGAAACCCUAGACAAUGGCAAACCUUAUUCGAAUUCAUACAACGUAGACGUACCCAUGAGCAUUGGGAUAUUGAGAUAUUACGCAGGAUGGGCUGAUAAAUGGCAUGGGAAGGUUAUUCCAGCUGAUGGAAAGGUCUUUGCGUAUACCAGACAUGAGCCAGUAGGAGUAUGUGGUCAAAUUAUCCCAUGGAACUUCCCUAUGUUGAUGAUGGCAUGGAAACUAGCACCAGCUUUAGCUACAGGAAAUGUUGUCGUUCUGAAACCGGCUGAACAGACUCCGCUAACGGCUCUUUAUAUGGCACAAUUGACCAAGGAAGCUGGCUUCCCUGACGGAGUGGUCAAUGUCGUUCCUGGUUUUGGUAAAGCUGGUGCCGCGUUAGUCGCUCACAACAAUGUCGACAAGAUCGCAUUUACGGGUUCUACCGAGGUUGGCCAAGAAAUAAAAAAAAAUGCUGCUAUUUACAAUUUAAAGAGAACCUCGUUGGAGUUGGGUGGAAAGUCCCCUAACAUUAUUCUUAACGAUGUUGAUAUAAAUCAAGCGGUAGAAAUGGCGCAUUUUGGAUUAUUCUUUAAUAUGGGUCAAUGCUGUUGCGCAGGAUCAAGGACCUUCGUUCAAUCGAACAUUUAUGACGAAUUCGUUGAAAAAAGUGCGCUUCGCGCCAAAUCCAAGACGGUGGGAGAUCCAUUUGACUUGAAAAUAGAACAGGGGCCACAGAUCGACGAGACGCAAUUGAACAAAAUUAUGGGUAUGAUAGAAUCUGGUAAAGAUCAAGGCGCUAGCUUGGUAACAGGUGGCGAACGCGUUGGUGACAGGGGUUAUUUCAUUGCACCAACUGUAUUUGCGAACGUUCAAGACGAUAUGACUAUAGCCAAAGAGGAGAUAUUUGGUCCAGUUCAACAAAUUUUGAAGUUCGACGAUUUGGAGGAAGUUAUUGAUCGUGCUAAUAACACUCAUUACGGAUUAGCUGCUGCAGUUUUUACGAAAAAUCUCGAUAAAGCGAAUUACAUAGUGCAAAAUCUUCGUGCUGGCACUGUAUGGGUCAACACAUAUAAUACAUUAUGUCCUCAAGUACCAUUUGGCGGCUACAAAAUGUCUGGACAUGGCAGAGAAAAUGGAGAAUAUGGUCUUGAAGCAUAUACGGAAGUGAAAAGUGUAAUUACACAACUUGAUGUGAAAAAUUCAUAAAAGUAUCAAGAUCGUUAAAGAAUCGUUUUACAGCAUUUUUUUAUUGGAGAAGACAGAUAUGAUUGUACAGGUGUAAUUUUACAGGUAACAGGUAUAUUUUAUAUAAAUUUAAAAUUUAUAAAUUUUUAAUCUCUGUUAGAUUGCAGUUAAAGCUCUUGUAUUUUCCUUAAAAUCAUUUAUCAGUACAAAAUUCAGCACACAUAAAGUGGUACAAUAAUGACUUUUAUAUAACACAAGCUGUAACACGAUAGUGAGACAUGCCAAAAAAAAACAAAUCGUAUAGCGAA